AUGCCCUCUGUUGUUGGCAGGCUGUUAAAAUUUGGUCAAGCCGCAGCUGGUAACGCUCAGUUCGAUGGCAAGAAGAUGGAAAAGAUUUUUCGGAAUUUUCUCGAGAAAGACCUCAGACUGGAUCCUGAGAUAGCGCUGCUUCAAGAUAGCGCUUGCAAGACUUUCGUGUGCGCUACACGCAACGCGACUAUCGGCAAGACGCUAUUUCGAAGCUAUGCUACAACAAAUAGCAUGCAGGAUGGCUACGAGUUGAAGGUGUGGGAAGCAGCUCGUGCGACCAGUGCUGCACCACUGAUCUUCGAGCCCUUUCACGUCGAACGCCACGGUAUCACCGUGGUUGACGGUGCACUACGACUCAACAACCCCAUUUAUGAAGCCAUGUCGGAGGCCAAACGUAUCGAUAGAAACCGCAACUUCGGAUGUGUCGUCAGCAUUGGCACUGGUGUCAUGGACAUUCACGGUAUCGAUGAGUCGAAUGUUCUACUGCAUCAAAUCGCGCAAACCUGCGCCGAAAUCUCCAUCAACUGUGAAAAUGUCGCGCAGGACUUCGCAGGUUCCGAUGAGGGUAUUGAUCUACAUAAGUCCAGCAGAUAUUUCAGGUUCGACGUUAAACGCCGAAUGGAUGCCGUCGACAUGGUGGAUUGGAGAAGGUUCGAUGACAUAACUGCCUACGUCGACGAGUACUUGAACAGGCAAGACGUUGGUGGUGAAAUUGAGCGUUGCGUGAAAGCACUUAGUUAG